UAUACAAACACACACACAGUGAGCUUAACACACAAAAAUAUGUUCAAAAUUGCAUGAGCAAUAAUAUAGACAGACAUUUACACACAGCAUAGAAAGCACACACAGUUAUUCUUGGGAACUUGCAUUUACCUCAGCUGGGCAUACUUACCUUCACAAGAUCUGGAGACAACGCCAACACUGCCCCUCUUGUCACAGCUACCACUGCCAUUAUGCCUGGUGAGGAUAAAGCACCACAACAUACCCGCCAGAGGAAAAAGAACAAAAAGUCCCACUCUAAGGGGAAGAGCCCAGGUGGGAGUCCCAGUGCCUGUCUGGAAGGCACCAUAGACAGCCAGGAUGUCCUUAUCUUACCCCCAGUGCUCCAGCCUACUCCAGUGGAGGAGAGACCGAAAGUGUCCAUCGCCAAAGUAGAGGAGGAGUCAUCUGUUGAUAUAUGUCUUCAGGUGCUUUUUCCCUAUGUGCUGGCAGGGAUGGGUAUGGUGAUGGCCGGUAUGGUGCUGGACAGUGUAAAGCACUGGGAGGUGUUUAUGGUGAUAACAGAGUUUUUCAUCAUGGUGCCUGCACUGGUUGGAUUAAAAGGAAACCUGGAGAUGACCCUGGCUGCUCGCCUCUCAACUGCUUCCAACACAGGCCAAAUGGACGAUCCUGGUAAACUAUGGGCCAUGAUGUGCAGCAAUCUGGCACUUAUACAGGUUCAGGCGACCGUGGUGGGUUUCCUCGCAGCAAUGGCAGCCAUGUGUUUAGGUGCAGUUUCUAGAGGGGGGAUUGAACUUGACCAGGUCGCUGUUCUCUGUGCUAGCAGCAUCACCACUGCCUUUGUUGCUGCUCUUUCUUUGGCCCUGGUGAUGAUGGGAGUGAUCAUCGGCUCCAGGAAGGUGGGGAUCAACCCUGACAACGUAGCCACCCCCAUAGCUGCGAGUCUAGGUGAUCUGAUCACCCUGUCCCUGUUGGCCGGGGUCAGCAGCACACUCUAUAAAUACAAAGAGAUAUGGUACCUGUCCCCCCUGGUGUGUUUGGUCUUCCUGGCUCUGAUCCCAUUGUGGGUGGUGGUGGCCCGACAGAGUCCACAGAUCAGGGAGGUUCUCCGCUCCGGGUGGCAGCCUGUUAUAGUAGCCAUGUCCAUAAGCAGUUUUGGAGGUCUAAUACUUGACAAGACAGUGAGUGAUCCCAACUUUGAGGGCAUGGCUGUCUUUACUCCUGUCAUCAAUGGAGUGGGUGGUAACUUGGUGGCCAUUCAAGCCAGUAGGAUCUCAACCUACCUGCAUUUCUUGAGCAUCCCAGGGGUGCUACCCUACAAGAUGAGGCAGCACUGGCCCUCUCCCUGCAUCACAUUCUACUCCUCAGGGGUCAAUUCCAAGUCAGCACUGGUGCUUCUGACGCUAGUUGUCCCUGGUCACCUAGUCUUCCUCUAUUCCAUCUCCCUGCUGCAAGGUGAGAAGGCGCCCAUCACUGUAGCCUUCACGAUCUGCUAUCUGAGUGCUGCCCUGCUACAGGUGGCCAUCCUCCUGUAUUUUGCUGACCUCAUCAUCCGUGUGAUGUGGAGAUGGAGUCUAGACCCCGACAACUUUUCUAUCCCCUACCUGACUGCCCUGGGGGACCUGCUAGGCACUGGAUUUCUGGCCCUCUGCUUCCGUUGCAUCAACUCUGUGUAAAUGUAACAAGAGAGAAUUUUUCUAGUUCAGAGACCCACGCCCCCAACGAGAAAAUUUCUCUUUUAUUAGUACAUAGAGAUGCUCUUGAUUGAAAGAUUAUUUAGAUGCUUUAGGAAUAAUCAGAUUGUAUUGGCAGCCUGUGCUACCCCAAAGCAAGCAGUGUGCAAAUAUAUUCCUACAUCUCCAUAAUAAAAGGCACAGGCAACAAUAGUUGGCUGAAAAGGAAAAUAUUUGUAUUAAACAGAAAUAGCUAAAUUACAGAUAAUAAACAAGCAAAGCAAAUUGCAUUCUGUAGAAAUAACAAUGUUGCACAGCUGUUUCAGGGCACCUCCAGGAUUCUCAAAGUUAAAUUUCGGACUUUUUAAGACCUUUUUAAUACCACCUAGGAUGAAAUUAAAUAGCAACUUCACUGCCGUUUAAUGGAAAAUCUGUAUAAAUCAUAAGCCAGAUAAAAUUGUUUAUGAAGUUAUAUGAAGUUAAUAAAACAUUUUAUUAUAUACAUUCAUAUUUAACACACUAUAG